AGGCGAUAGUGCGCCAUCAUAUCCGACAACUUGUGUGCGGUCAGCAAGAUAACUACGUAGAAGGUCAUGGGCGGGUCCACAUAUUCCAUAGCUGGACGAACACCCCACGCGUCUGACGACCAUGACGAGUACGCUCCAAUCGCAUUGCGGAAAAGAAGUCAUGUGUUGGCUGCCAACGCCCUUGGGUGCGUACAAAAAGGCUAGAGAAAUACCUCCACCCAUUAGUUGCCUCCGUGAAUUUGCUCUUCGUGCGUCUUUCACGCUCUUUCAAAAUGAGGGAAUGCAUCAGCGUACACAUUGGCCAGGCAGGUGUCCAGAUUGGUAACGCCUGCUGGGAGUUGUACUGCUUGGAACAUGGCAUCCAGGCGGAUGGCCAAAUGCCCAGCGACAAAGUGACCGGAGGAGUGGACGACUCUUUCAACACCUUCUUUGCUGAGACUGGGGCCGGGAAGCAUGUGCCGCGAGCGGUCUUUGUCGAUCUCGAACCUACUGUCGUGGAUGAGGUGCGAUCGGGUUCAUACAGGCAGCUCUACCAUCCGGAGCAGCUUAUCUCUGGCAAGGAAGAUGCUGCAAACAACUAUGCUCGCGGCCACUACACAAUUGGGAAAGAGAUCGUGGACCUCGUGCUGGACCGAAUCCGCAAGUUGGCUGAUAUGUGCACGGGACUCCAGGGCUUCCUUAUCUUUCACAGCUUUGGAGGAGGAACUGGAUCGGGCUUUACUUCACUCCUCAUGGAACGUCUUUCCGUCGACUAUGGAAAGAAAUCAAAACUCGAGUUUUCUAUUUAUCCCGCUCCUCAGGUGGCGACAGCUGUGGUAGAACCCUACAACUCUAUCUUGACGACUCACACGACCCUGGAGCACUCAGACUGUGCCUUCAUGGUGGACAAUGAGGCCAUCUACGAUAUUUGCAGACGUAACCUGGACAUUGACCGCCCCUCUUAUUCAAAUCUGAACCGUCUCAUCAGCCAGAUUGUCUCUUCUAUUACUGCUUCUCUGCGAUUCGACGGAGCACUCAACGUCGACCUCACAGAAUUUCAGACUAACUUGGUGCCGUAUCCAAGAAUCCACUUCCCGCUAGUGACGUAUGCCCCAGUGAUCUCGUCUGAGAAGGCAUACCACGAGCAGCUGACCGUGGCAGAAAUAACGAACGCCUGCUUCGAGCCAGCCAAUCAGAUGGUCAAGUGUGACCCACGUCAUGGCAAGUACAUGGCCUGCUGCAUGCUAUACCGUGGGGACGUCGUACCCAAGGAUGUAAAUGCAGCCAUUGCUGCUAUCAAGACCAAGCGCACCAUCCAGUUCGUGGAUUGGUGUCCAACAGGCUUCAAGGUUGGCAUCAACUAUCAGCCACCAACCGCUGUUCCUGGAGGUGAUCUGGCUAAGGUUCCUCGCGCCGUGUGCAUGUUGUCCAACACUACAGCCAUAGCUGAGGCAUGGGCCAGGCUAGAUCACAAGUUUGAUCUGAUGUACGCCAAGCGUGCUUUCGUACACUGGUACGUGGGAGAGGGUAUGGAGGAAGGAGAAUUCUCAGAGGCCCGUGAAGAUAUGGCAGCUCUCGAGAAGGAUUAUGAAGAAGUUGGAAUGGAUUCCAAUGAUGGUGUCGACGAGGGUGAAGAAUACUAAUUAAAGAAAGCAUUUAUUUGCUCAGAAUCAGGAUCUGGA